AUGCAAGAACAAAAGAGGCUACUCCAAGAUCCAGUUUUGCGGAGAUCAAGCCGGACGCGAUGGGCUGAAAUUCUUCUGGGUCGACACAUGCUGCAUCGACAAAUCCGACAGCACCGAAGUUCAGCGCGCCCUUAA